AUGGACCCUGUGGAACGGCCGCUGCCCCAGGCGAUCAGCCACAGCCUCCAGCAGGUCCAGCAGACGGCGAUGGCCCGGCUGAAGGCGAUCGCCCACUUACAAGAGAAAUUACACGCGUCGGUGGCCCUGACGCUGGACAACUACCAACACCAAUUGGCUCAGCUCCACAUUCAAUUACAGGCAGUGGAGCGAGAACAGAGCUUACAACGAGCAAAACAGCAGCAGCAGCAACAACAAUUGGCCCAGGAACUACCGACCAUCCACCGCGAUCUCCACCAGCUCCAACAACUGCUAUCUCAACUCGACAGACUUCAAACGAAUAUUGUCCUGAUACAACAACAGAUUGCUGAUCUUGAUCGUCAACAGGCUGAAGCGGAAGCCCGGCUAGUGCAGCGGCUGAAACGGACUCGAGAAGCGGUGACGAGAGAUAUCAAUAACCUCGAGACUUAUAGUCGGCUACUAGGACUACGGAUCGAGGCCCGCAAACCGAACAUUAUCAAGUUUUCCUUCACUAACAUUGACCCUCGCCAUCCUGAGCGAGUAUACCAGAUUGAUAUUGACAUAUCGGGAGAAGAUUUCGUCGUGGUGGCGCUGGCGCCCGAUCUCGGCUCAAACUUGUUGCUGCUUGUGGAACACGAGCUUAACGAUCACCGGUCGGUGGGGAAGUUCCUUAAGACCGUGAGGCACUUGUUCAAAGAGACUCUUGAAACUUGA